CUAUAAUCAAAACAAUGAUAUGUAUGAAUAUCAAAUCCAAUCAUAAGAUGAGUAUCGGUUCAUUCUGAAUCAGUCUGGAGCUCUUAUUGUGAAAGCCCGAACCGGAAGCGUAAAUUCCGCCCUGCAGCGGAGGAGAGCGGUAGGAGAAGAAGAAGAUAAGGAGAGCCGAGCUGAAGGUCACAUCCAGAGCAUCAUCUUCAUCCUUCUCCUCAUCAUCGCUACCGAUGAUCGGACGUGAGACCGCAGGCCGCCUGUCUCUCUGAUUCCUCUGCACCCGUCUCGCCGCCAUGGGGAACCGCGGCAUGGAGGACCUGAUCCCGCUGGUCAACAAGCUGCAGGACGCCUUCUCCUCCAUCGGACAGAACUCCAGCCUGGACCUCCCGCAGAUCGCCGUGGUGGGGGGGCAGAGCGCGGGCAAGAGCUCGGUGCUGGAGAACUUCGUGGGCAAAGACUUCCUCCCUCGGGGUUCAGGUAUCGUUACUCGUCGUCCAUUGGUUCUUCAGCUCAUCAACUGUCCAACAGAGUAUGCAGAGUUCCUUCACUGCAAAGGGAAGAAGUUCAUCGACUUUGAUGAAGUUCGUCAGGAGAUCGAAGCAGAAACGGAUCGAAUAACCGGACAGAAUAAAGGAAUCAGUCCGGUUCCAAUAAACCUCAGAGUGUACUCUCCCAACGUCCUGAACCUGACCCUGGUGGACCUCCCUGGGAUGACGAAGGUUCCGGUUGGCGACCAGCCGGCGGACAUCGAGAACCAGAUCCGAGAGAUGUUGCUGCAGUUUGUGACCAAAGACAACUGUCUCCUGCUGGCGGUGUCCCCGGCUAACUCCGACCUUGCUAACUCCGACGCCCUGAAGAUUGCUAAGGAGGUGGACCCCCAAGGUCUGAGGACCAUCGGUGUGAUCACCAAACUGGACCUGAUGGACGAGGGGACGGACGCCAGGGACAUCCUGGAGAACAAGCUGCUUCCUCUACGUCGAGGUUACAUCGGGGUGGUGAACCGCAGUCAGAAGGACAUUGAUGGGAGGAAAGACAUCACAGCGGCUCUGCAAGCUGAGAGAAAGUUCUUCCUGUCGCACCCGUCCUACCGACACCUGGCUGACCGCAUGGGCACUGCCUACUUGCAGAAGAUCCUUAACCAGCAACUGACAAACCACAUACGGGACACGUUACCGGCCCUACGCAGCAAACUGCAGAGCCAGCUGCUCUCCAUCGAGAAGGAGGUGGAGGAGUACAAGAACUUCAGACCAGACGACCCAGGACGCAAGACCAAGGCCCUGCUGCAGAUGGUGCAGCAGUUUGCCGUAGACUUUGAGAAGCGGAUCGAAGGAUCUGGGGAUCAGGUGGAGACCUACGAGCUCUCAGGAGGAGCUAAGAUCAACAGGAUCUUCCACGAGCGCUUCCCCUUUGAGAUCGUCAAGUUGGAGAGUGAUGAGAAGACUCUUCGUAAGGAGAUCAGCUACGCCAUCAAGAACAUCCACGGGAUCAGGACGGGUCUGUUCACCCCCGACAUGGCGUUUGAGACCAUCGUGAAGCGCCUCAUCGCUCAGAUCAAAGAGCCAUGUCAGAAGUGUGUCGAUAUGGUUAUCAACGAGCUGGUGAACACCGUGAGGCAGUGUACCCAGAAGUUGGCUCAGUUUCCGAUGCUCAGAGAGGAAAUGGAGAGAAUCGUUACUCAGCACAUCAGAGACAGAGAGAGUCGCACCAAAGGCCAGGUGAUGCUGCUGAUCGACAUCGAGUUGGCCUACAUGAACACCAACCACGAAGACUUCAUCGGCUUUGCAAAUGCUCAGCAGAAGAGUAGUCAGAUGAGCAAGAAGAAAGCUGCAGGAAAUCAGGACGAGAUCAUGGUGAUCCGUAAAGGUUGGCUCACCAUUAACAACAUCAGCAUCAUGAAGGGAGGAGCUAAAGAGUACUGGUUCGUCCUGACAGCCGAGACGCUGUCGUGGUACAAAGACGAUGAGGAGAAGGACAAGAAGUACAUGCUCCCUGUGGACAACCUGAAACUCAAAGACAUCGAGAAGAGUUUUAUGUCCAGUAAACACAUCUUUGCUCUAUUCAACACGGAGCACAGGAAUGUCUAUAAAGAUUCUCGUCAGUUGGAGUUGGCCAGUGAGUCUCUGGAGGAGGUCGACAGCUGGAAGGCUUCUUUCCUACGAGCCGGAGUGUACCCUGAACGCACCGUGGAUAAAGACAAGGUGGAGGUGGAGGAGGCGCGGGGGGACGGGCAGAUCCACAGCUUGGACCCUCAGCUGGAGCGACAGGUGGAGAUUGUGAGGAACCUGGUGGACUCGUACCUGUCAAUCAUCCACCGCACGGUCAGAGACCUCAUCCCCAAGACCAUCAUGCACCUGAUGGUCAACAACACAAAGGAGUUCAUCCACUCAGACCUGCUGGCUCAGCUCUACUCCUGUGGAGACCAGAACACCCUGAUGGAGGAGUCACCGGAGCAGGCUCAGCACCGUGAUGAGAUGUUGAAGAUGUACCACGCGCUUCGUGAGGGUCUCCACAUCAUCGGUGACAUCAGCACCUCCACCAUCACCACGACGAUGCCUCCACCUGUUGACGACUCUUGGCUGCAGGUGACGGGGAUGCCUUCAGGACGCAGGUCUCCCAUGUCCAGUCCCAUCCCCCAGCGCCGGGCCCCCCCCGGCCCUCCCCGUCCAGGUGGGCGCUCCGCCUCAGGCCCGCCCUCCCGCCCUGCCAUGUCACCUGACCCUGGAACCCCCUCCAUCCCCUCCCGACCCAACCGAGCGCCCCCCCCCGGAGUCCCAAGUCGUCCCAGUAAAGGUAGCCCCGCCCACGGAGAGAGCCCCCAGUCUUCUAUUGAGGGUUAGCCUGACCCUAGUGUGUGUUUGUGUCUACUUCUAUUGAUGCUGUGUUACUGGGAACUACAAGUAAUAAUGAUAUUGAUUAUCAGCACAUUAUGACAAAAUAGCAAAUGAUCAGCAAUAUUGAGUGUUGUAAUAUGUGGUCCGGCUGUGAGGACAUUGAGACAGGUCAGCUGCCUGUCUGUCAUCAAAUCACAACAACAGUGACAUGAUAGAGGAGUGAUGAAAGUGGAAUGACCUUGAUCAGCUUCAUAAAGUACUGAUGAAGACCAGGUGAAGAGCUCCCACUCCUCUCUGGAUGUUCCAGCUGAUCUGGGAUCAAAACUGUUUAUUAUUUUCUUGGAGUUGUUUGUUUGUCUCUCUUGUAUAAAUGGUGAUGAAGUGUUUCGGAAAUGUUGGAUUUUUUGUAGUGUAAAGUUUACUUUUUUUUACUUUUCAUUUAUUUAUAAUAAUUGUUAUAUAAUGACGUAUGUAUUAAUUAAUUAGUUUUUUCAGAAUUUGUUGACAUUGAUCAAAGCUGUCCUCUUUAAUGUGGAUGUCCAAUUGGCGCAGGUGGGUAACGUAGUCCACAAACUUCCACAUCCUGCUAUAUCACCCUAAAGCCAUUCCAGCUUUGACUACAAGUCCCAGAAUGCAGUGCAUAAGUUGGCUAUAUCAGUCAAACAAACAGAAUAAACUCACAAAGGAAUUCAACCGUAAAUCUUCAGGAUUAAAGGUUCUAACGGGUUCUCACCAGUUUCCACAUUACAUUAGGUGUCAUGUAGCUGACAUGACACAUGGAGCAACUGGGAUUUGAACCAUCACCCUUGCAGUUUCCAGUGCCUCACACUAAACCACCAUCAGGGUUUUUAAUAAUUGUAACUCUCUUGAAUUUUGAAUCUCUCCAACUAGGUCCAAACUGGUUCUAAAGGGUUUUCAUAGGUUCUAACAGGUUCCAGCUGGUUCCAAAUAAUUGCAACUAGUUAAUGUAUCCUGGUUUUAAAACCUAUUCAAACAGUUGUGGUUGCUACAACAACCAUAGAAGAUCUAGUCAGUCUGUAACUUCCCAAAACAUUUUUUAUUGUCGUUUAAAAUUCUGUUGAGUUUUUCAGAAAAGAUGAAUAUCGUUUUGAUUUAAUUUGUUUUUAACAUUAUAUUAUUUAUAUUUUGUCUCAAAUUACAGAAAAUAUUUCCAUGAAACUCAAAAAGAAAAAAAAUGUUUAACUUUAAAUUGUCAAUUCAAAUUAAACAAAAAUGUGAAGCAAUAUUGAUAGUUACAUUAUUCUGUGGUGUUUAUUUGGGUUUAUUAAAUGUCAUUGAAAGUGUUGCUUAAGAAUGAUACAGGAGAUUUUGAGAGUUUGUGGUCCCACCAUCAGCUGUUAGCUGGAAAGAUUAACAAAAAACUGAACUGAACUGCUGAUCUAUUUAUUCUGCCUGUUUGUUGUUAAUGUGGUGCCAAUUAUGUUGAGUUAGUCCAGUUCUGAGCUGCUUUCAACACAUGUUUCUAUAUUUUAGCGGUGUUAGCUGAUACGUGAGCUAGCUGUUAGCAGAACGUGUAUGUGUUCACAUAAAUUUAAGCAUGCCAGUUUAAGAUUUAACGUACUGUUAGUUUAAAAGACGUUUGUUGAAUCGUUAGCUGAGGGUUAGCUGGGCAAUAGCAGAGCAAAAGAUGAGCGUGACCUAAGCAUGACCUAAGCAUUACCUGAGGGUGACUUGAGCGUGACCUGAGCGUGACUUGAGCGUGACUUCAGCGUUACCUGAGCGUGACCUGACUGUUAGCUAAGCGUUACCUAAGCGUGACCUGAGUGUAACCUGAGCGUUAGCUAAGCGUGACCUGAGCGUAACCUGAGCGUUAGCUAAGCGUUACCUAAGCGUGACCUGAGUGUAACCUGAGCGUUAGCUAAGCGUGACCUGAGCGUUAGCUAAGCGUGACCUGAGCGUAACCUGAGCGUUAGCUAAGCGUGACCUGAGCGUUACCUGAGCGUUAGCUAAGCGUUACCUGAGCGUAACCAGAGCGUGACCUGAGCGUGACUUGAGCGUGACUUCAGCGUUACCUGAGCGUGACCUGACUGUUAGCUAAGCGUUACCUAAGCGUGACCUGAGUGUAACCUGAGCGUUAGCUAAGCGUGACCUGAGCGUAACCUGAGCGUUAGCUAAGCGUUACCUAAGCGUGACCUGAGUGUAACCUGAGCGUUAGCUAAGCGUGACCUGAGCGUUAGCUAAGCGUGACCUGAGCGUAACCUGAGCGUUAGCUAAGCGUGACCUGAGCGUUAGCUAAGCGUGACCUAAGCGUAACCUGAGCGUUACCUGAGCGUUAGCUAAGCGUUACCUGAGUGUGACCUGAGCGUUACCUGAGCGUUACCUGAGCAUUAGCUGAGCGUGACCUGAGCAUUAGCUGAGCGUUAGCUGAGCGUGACCUGAGCAUUAGCUGAGCGUUAGCUAAGUGAUAGCAUUGUGUUGCUGCUGCUGAACGCAGCUCCUCACUGUGAUCAUAGAAACUUCACUGUUUGGUAUUGAUAUAAAUGUUUACAAAAUAUAUAAAGAUGGUAAUGUACCAUAUAAAGUGUAUAGUGGUGUUGUGUAUGUGGCGCGUUGACAUGAAUAAAGUUUGUUUGAAUGAA